GAGAUGCCAGAAGCUGCAGUAAAAUCCUCCUCCAAUAAAUACCAAGUCUUCUUCUUCGGGACCCACGAAACUCCCCCGUGUCCCUUCCAGCCCACCUCGAAGAAGACCUGCCCUGAGGACGCCGAGCCAGAGCGGGAGCCGGAGGGCGACGGGGAGAAGAAGGGCAACGCGGAGGGUAGCAGCGACGAGGAGGGGAAGCUGGUGAUCGACGAGCAGUCCAAGGAGAAGAACGAGAAGGCUGGGAUCAAGAGGAAAGCAGAGGAUGCUUUGGAGGACUCCCCCAAACGCCCCAAGGAGGCGGAGGGGCAGGAAGGAGAGAAGAAGGUAGACAACGAAGAGGCCCCCAAGGAGGAGCCGAAACCCAACCCGGCUGAAGGGGAGAAGAACAGCGACGCUGCCAGCGUGCCGGACACCAACGAAGCCAAGCAGGAGGGCAAAGAGAAGGCGGGCACGGAGGAGGUCAGAGACCACAAGGAGAGGUGA